CCAGCCCUGCUCCCUCCGCCCCGCCUGCGCACCUUAAAUCCCAGCCCACCACACCCAGGGCCAGACCCAGCCAUCCAGGGCACCAUGGAGCUGCCAUCUGUCUGUCUUCUCCUCCUUGCUGCCCUGCUCCCUCUUGCCAAGCGGUCCAGCCCAGCCCCACACACAACUGGACGAGAGGAGCUGGGGAUGGCAAAGCCUGGGUAUUGCUACCACAUCCCAGAGGUUGAGGACCUGCUGGACAAGGACUGUGGCUCCUGCCGCAGGGGUGCCUCCUGUUCGCGCUGCACCAGCGAUGCCAACUGCCGUGGAGUCACCAAGUGCUGUCCCAGCAAGUGUGGCUACACAUGCCAGGAGCCAGUGCUGGACUUCUGCUACCUGCCCUCAGUCUGUGGGAACUGCAAGGCGCUCUUCCGCCGCUUCUUCUUCAAUGCCUCCAGCCAGCAGUGUGAGGAGUUCAUCUACGGCGGCUGCGGCGGCAACAGGAACAACUUUGAGACCAAGGGCGAGUGUUUCCAGGCCUGUUCCCACAUCAGUAACUAGCAAUGUGCCAUGGGCCACAGAUGGAAGCUGCUCCUGGCCCCUCUCCUGAUGCCCCAGCUCUCAGUUCCAGGUGCCUGGUAGUGCUGGCCUGGGAAGUGGUGGCAUCUGCCCUGCCCUGCCUGGGGGGAGCUGCUGCUGGUGGCUAUACCCCCGACCCUACAGGGAGACCAUGAGGCUGGUGGCAAUGAGGGCUGUGGGCCAGGGUGGCCAUGCUGGGGGCUGUGGCUUGGCUGGGAUGCUCACUGGCCUAAGGACAGGGACGUGUGCCCAUGGAUGCCCCCUCCUAUGAGUGGUGCCUGACUGGAGGAGCCUGUCCCUCCCCUUGGACUGUGACAAUACAAGGACGGGUCCCUGGA